UAAACAAAAAUGGAGUGAUGUUCUUUGAAAAUUUUAAUGGAAAAUUUAGUGAAAGAUGAUUAAAUUUCUAUUAUUAUUUUAUAUAUUUUGCUUAAUAUGGUUUCGUACAAAUGGACAAAAUGAUUUGCAUUGUCCCCAAAUGUGCCAAUGUGAGAAAAAUGAAGAGAAUGGAUUGAAAGUUAAAUGCGAAAAAAUAAAGGAUAUUAAAGAAAUAGUUUUCGGCAACAUUUCAGCCGAGAUAGUUCACUUAGAUUUGUCAAAUAAUUUCAUAACAAAGUUGGACGAAAGUUCAUUCAAUACCGGAGAUUUUAGUAAAUUGACUCGAUUGAACUUUAGCAACAAUCAAAUCGUAAACAUUUUUCAAGGUGCCUUAGACAAUGUAAAAUCAUUAAAAAUAUUAGAUAUAUCAACAAAUCCUUUAGCAUGUAAUUGUGAAUUAUUGUGGCUUCCUGAAUUCUCAAGAUCAUAUGGAAUUAAACUUAAACCACCACCAAAAUGUGCAACACCAGAAGAAUUUAAAGGACAGCCAUUGAAGAAAAUUCAAGUUGGAAAUGACAUUCAUUGUUCACAAUUUAAUCAUAAUCAAGCAUCAGUGCUUGACUUAGUACCUGAUAAGCCACAAUUGAUAUUUGAAGGAGAUUCAUUGACAUUAAUGUGUCGAGCACCACGAGUUGCCAUUGGAUCAAUGCGAGAAUCUGAAGAUUAUAUUACGAAAAUUUAUUGGGGUUGGUCUGAGAAAAUUAUUGAUUCAGAAAGUCAGGACGACGUGAUAUUUUUGAAUCCUCGUGAAAAAUUCCCAUCCGUCAUUAUAGACGAGAGACACUACUCAGAUUCCGGAAUCUUAUAUUCUAUCCUGAAAAUUCCAUACAUUACGAGAAACCAUUCUGGCAUGUUCGAUUGCACCUUGAUAUCAUUGCAGGCAAAUUUAUCAAGAACCGUCUCUGUUUAUGUCAUUUCCGAUAAAACACAAUAUUGCUUUGCUCAAGAGACUAAUGAUAAUAAAGGAUGGUUUUCAUGGCCCAAAACUAUUCGAGGAAAUAAUGUUAGGCUUCCAUGUUCAAUUGAAGGUGUCGGUGGAAGUUAUGCAUUAAGACGAUGUAAUGAGGCUGGAAAAUGGGAAGCUAUAGAUCACUCAUACUGUCCAUAUACUCGAGAAACAACACGAAUUUUGGAACAAUUUUCUAAAGUAAAUUUGUCUAUCGCACGAGGAAGUGUUUUGGAAUCAGCAAGAAGACUGAAAACUUAUACAAGCAAAUUAUAUGAGGAUGGGGAAUUGAAGUUUCAAGAUCCAUUAGAUAUAGUUUAUAUUGAGAAGACAAUUGAGAAUUAUCUCGAAUUUGUACAUACCGAAAAGGAAUUAGGAUCAAUAAUUAUCGAUAUCGUGUCAAAUCUUAUGGAAUUUCCAAGAAAUUUAUUAGAACAAGCACAAGCAAUUAAUGGAACUUGUAAGAAAUUGAUUGAUGCAGUAGAAUUAGCAGCAUCUUACUCGACAUCUGCGGAUUCACAGAAAUCAAACUUGGCAAUAGAGUUAUUUAACAUUCCAAUGGACAUAUCUGUUGGAAUUCUUUGUUCCUGGAUAAAAAUUGAUGGACAUAGAAUCUUUCAGUGUAACACAGCAAGUAAAAUGCAGAGCCUUGCAUUUCAUGAAAGAAAUAUUGAAGCAAGUAUUCAGUUUCCAGCCACACAGUACUCAAAUCCACAAAGUCAUUCGCACAGAUUAUUAGUGUCUGUUUAUCAGAAUACAAAACUGUUUCCACAAAAUCGUGUACAAGGAAAUUUCCAAGUUACAUCCAAUAUUAUCGGAGCAAAGAUUAUGUCCCAAUCAAGUUCAUUGGUUCCAAUGAUUCCGAAAAAUUUAUCAGAUCCAAUUUACAUUGUCCUACGAGGAGCUCCAUUUCAUGAUGAUAUCAGCAUACCGAAACCAGUUUGGUGGGAUUCUGACUUGAAAAAUGGAACUGGCGAUUGGUCAUUAAGUCAAGGGUGUCAAUCACUUCAUUACUCUCAUGGAAUGUUAAUGUUUUCAUGCAAUCGUUUGGGAUUCUAUGGUCUUGUGCAGCAUACCAAAGCAUUAAAUGAUUUUCCUGACCGUCCUGAUGCUGGAGCUAAAUUCCGCUACUCGCCAUUCGCUUUUUAUUUCGGAUCGUUUAUAUUAUUUAUGUCAAUGUGGCUAGUAAUCGUUACUUAUAUAUUUCAUUUUAAUGAAAUUAUGAUGGGAAGAAGAAUCAAGCAUUCUCUGAUUAACACCUGGAUAUCUAUAUCAGCUUUAGUGUUUAUUUUUGCUAUUGGAAUUUAUCAAACUGAGGAUCAUAAAGUGUGCCAAUUUUUCGGAAUUUCAAUUCACUAUUUAAGUUUAUGUGUCCUCUUAUGGAUAUGUGUGUCAGUUAGCAACAUGUAUAAAAGAGUUUCAAGGAAUGAUCGUAUUGGAAUGGAAGAUGAUAUGCCAAGAGAAGAACAGAGGAUUAAAAAGAGCGUUCUUGGACUGUAUUUUGUCGGUUAUGGUAUCGCAUUAUUAAUUUGUGGUAUUAAUUCAGCAGUUAAUGUUAAGGAAUAUGCAAGCUAUACACACUGUUUUAUGGAUUCAAGUUCUGAACUUGGUGCAUUAUUUUUACCAGCAUCUAUACUUCUAUUCUUUCUUAUCAUCAUGUUUAUUUGCAUUCGAUUUCAUUUGAGAAAUCGAACAGUUUAUAAUGCACAUUUAUCGGAAGGAACUGAAGCCUUAGAAAUAGAUCUCCUCGAAUCAAAUAAUGCUGUAAAUGCAGCUCGAAGUGUAAGAAGUGUACGCAGUGUGAGAAGUUUAAGUACACAACCAACAAACAGCUCUGCUGAUGAUUUAGAAUCAAGUCCAAGAACGCAAUUAAAAUCAUACAUUAUCAUGCUUGUGCUUUACUUGUUGACAUGGAUAGCAGCUUCGUUUGCUGUAUCAUUUCCAUUUAAUGAACGAGUCAUUUAUGAGGAAGAAAUAUUUUCAAUAGCUUUUGCACUGUUUGCAACUUUUCUUGGAUGCUUUACAAUGUUCUUUUAUGGAUUAGCAAGAAGUGACGUACGUGCUAUAUGGUCCAAAUUCCGUCAUUGUGGUAAAUCAUCAAAAGUUGUAACGACACCUAUUAAAGAUUGCGAUAGAACAACUAUCGGAACUGUAUUUUAUCAUCAACCAAUGAAUUUAUCAAGAUCUAAUAGUCACAAUUCAAGACAUCGACCAUUGUCAAGUGUUGGAUCAGUUCGCUUAAAAUCAUCUAUGGAACAUAUAGUUGAUCCAAUGAUGGUUAAGGACAAUGGAGCAUCAAACUUCAUGUUAACAAUGCAAAGACAUCAAGCAUCAGUUUAUGGAGAUGAUUCUAGUAAUGCCGAAAUGUUCUAUAAUCCAUCACAAAGCAAUGCAGCCCGAAGAUUCUUUAAGAAACAAAGGAAACUCCAUAAACUGAAUAAUAUUGAUGUACAAAGGAGAAAUGAUUUUAAUGAUAAUUCAAGCGAUAUUUCUUCAACUAUUAUGUCAUACUCAAAACCAGUCAGUGAAAUGCUAGGAACUAGCAGUAAAGUUAAUAAUACCAACAUUCACGUGGACGAGAAUAAGACAAAAAUGAAGCAAUUCUCAAAUUCAAAUAUUCUGUCCGAUAGUUGCAAUGAAAGCGAGCUAUUUAAUGACAUUUGUAAUGAAGGAUUGCGUGUUAGUACAUUGAAGAGUAAAAUUAACAAUAUUGAGGCUAACACAGUUAAUAAUUAUACAAACUUACUGCACGAUAAUCAAGAUCCAGUAUAUAAAAUUGAUGAAAAGCAGAAAAAUUCUGAUAAAUCUUGUAAUAUUAAUAAGCUUAAUGAUAAUUCACUUUGCGGUGAAGGUCCACUUUAUGUUAACACUAAGAAUCUCAUUGGAAACACUAUUCAAGAAGUUAAUGAAUCAUCAGAUCGUGAAGAAGUUGAACCACUCAUUGUGAAUACAAAUACAGACGCUAGUACCUUAGAACAAAUGAAUAUAAUUGGUCUUCCAUCACCUCCAAAACAGUCACAAUUCCAUACACCCACAAAAACAGAAAAUGAUUUAGAUUUAACACGUGAGGAAACGUACAUAUCGCCAGCAUUAGAAAUUUCAGGAAAAUCAGUUUUUAUGCAAUCACCUCGAACAAUAAGAUCGAAAUCAAGAUCAUUAGAUCAGUUGAAUAUGAUGACAAGUAUCGAUUAUCAUGAGACACAUACACGAUCUAUUUCCUUCAACAACAUAUCAUUACUCGACCAGAAUAAUUUUAUAGACAUGUUGCCUGUGUCUGAAGCAGCUUCUGUAACAUACCAAAUCACAGAUGAAGUUCAUGUGACAUCUUCAAUGAUUAUAAGUCGGGAGGAAUCAAGAAGUCCAAUAUUAAUUGCACCUUCGAUGUGUGACAUUGAUGAGUUUGAUCAACAAAGCAACUUUACAAUAAGCAAUGAUACUGUAAAUGAUUCCAGCAUGGACGAUUUAGUGAAUAGAAAUAAUUCAAAUAGUCUCGAAUGUACAGCAAUUUUCCUAAAUCCUGAUAAUACAGCCAACUUUAGCAUUUACAAUUCGUCAUCAGCUCACAGAAAUUCCAGCCCUACAAACUUUAGUGAUAUUAAUUAUCAAAAUUCUGAAUUAUCAAUUGGUGACUUUUAUGCACCACAACCUGAAAAUGAUAUGGACAAUUUCAUUCUAGCAGAAAGAGAUAAUCUUAAUUUUGGAAUAAGUGACGAUGACGAGGACGAUGACAAUGCAAAUCAUGAAUUUAAUUGCUCAAGUGAUUUUCUAAUUCAUCCGCAACAAAGCGAUGAAGAUGGAAUUGAUCAACUUUAUCAGCAGGUACGAGGUCCAACUGAUAUUCCUCAAUCAGUUAAGAAAAAGCCAGCGCCGCUACCUAAACCGAAAAAUUUAAAGAUCACACGAAAUUAUAUCUUUCAAAAUACAGGACUUACAAGUCCAACUGAGGACGAGAGCAGUAUUAUGGAUUAGUUUAAACAUAACUUUCAAAGUAUUUAUAAUUUUUAAAUUACUUAAUCUACCUCUGUUUUUAUAAUUAUGAAAAACAAAUCCUUUCCAUAAAAAUGAUGACGCAGUGUUGCUUUAUGCGCUAACUUUAACAUAUUCAGAGAUGUACCCAAAUUGGUUUGAGGUUCAAUGAACGAAGCACUAUUUGUAUGCAUCUCUGCAAGCUAUUUAAGGUUGUCUAUAUUUAAGGAUGCUCUCUAAUAAGAUUUAUUAAGCCAAUAAUAAUAUUAAUAUUCGCUUUAUGUUAAGAGCAGUUAAGAGAUUUACAAAAUAUACCUACUUAAUUUAAUAAUGUGUAUUUUACACGCAUUCAAAUCUUUUCAUUUAUGCAUUUAUAAAGAUGAACUGUGAAUAUAUGCCUUGCUAUUUGUGCUGUACAUAUAGGAAAUUACAAAAAGAAAAAUGUAAGGAGAAAAACAAAAUUUAAAAUUGCU